GGGCCUUACAUAUUACAUAGAGAAUCGGCAUAAGCAAAUGCUAGACCAUAGCCGAAUAAGCAUGUAGUAGCUGCCCGUUUUUACUUCCGACAGCAAGGCCCGGCUGCAUGGUCAAUCGUGUGCUUGUCCCCUGAGCAGCCUUCGAUGACAAUUUGUGGCUAUUUGGUCAGCUAGGACCGAGACUACACCUCCAUUAGCUAAGAGAAUCCUUGUUGCUGCCUCGAUAUACAAUCGGACUGCUUCAAGCUACUAAGCUCUCAUCUCCUUACUACUUUAUGUCUUCUGGCUCAGGGGACGCCGCAGGCAAUCAUAGCAGCGAGCACCAAACGCUCCUUCCAAACGACACGCCUGUCUUGCAGCGACCAGACGGCCCAUUGAGGAUGAAUCUGCUGACUGGUACGGCCGUAUUGGCACAGCUCGGUAUUUGGGCAAUAUUGGUUGUGGUCUGGUAUGAAACGCUUUUUACGGACUUGAUCCUCGUUUCCUGGCAUCCAUUGCUCAACAGUCUCGCUCUUGUUCUCCUUGUGAAUGCCAUCUUGAUUGUGCAGCCAACGCACACACAAGCACAAAAGCAACAAGGCGGCCAGGUCCAUGGCAUUUUGCAUUGCCUUGCGCUGCUAUCUUUCGGUACAGCUGCCGCAAUCAUGUUCUACAACAAGGCUAGCCACGGUGCUGCACACUACACAACCUGGCAUGGCAAAUUUGGCUUGACUACUGCCCUCCUUUUAUCUACGCAAGUGCUUGUCGGCGCAGGCAUGUUCUGGCUGCCCAAUUGGCUUGGUGGCGAAACAAAAGCCAAGGCGCUCUACAAGUACCAUCGAGCAUUCGGUUAUGUGCUCUCUGCUCUUGUCCUGACAACAGUCACAUUGGGCACUCAAUCUGACUGGUUUUUGGGAAAGAUCAGGGUUCUCUGGGUCUGGCUUCUCUUUGAUGCCCUCAUUCUCGCUGGCCUUGCACCACGUAUCCGACCCAACAAGAUGAAGAUCUUUUAAGCUACGUAUCCACUGCUGCAGUCUUAGUAUUCACUCCAGAAGUAACAAUAUCAGCUCCAUCAGA